AUGUCGCCGAACAUCGACCCCGUCGCUGUGAGCGUCGGAAUUGCCGCAGCUGUACUGAUACUUCUAGCUACUUUGCCAGCGCUCAAUAGCAUCAUCCAGAAGCUUUGGCAUGGAUCAUAUACCAGCCUGGAGUCACUGCCAGAAGACCAGGAUGGAGAAGCUACGGAAGAAUCGAUAUCAUCCUAUUCGACUACUGUCCAGAUGACCGCUAUCUACACGGCGUCUGUGGUAGGCUUAGUCGCAUCGACAGUUAAAGCUGUCAUUUCAACGACCCAGGACUCAGUCCGCUAUAGCGAAGUCGAGAGCUGGUUUCAAUUUGGGACUUUUGUACUACUUCUACCACAUGUGAUGGCACUUUCGUUCAAGCAUGAAUACGCGAGCCAGUUUCGAAUAGCUAGCUAUGCAUCUCUUGCUUCGGUGGCUCAAUUCAUCAUGUCAGGUUUCCUAGAUGUACGGCUUUUGACACCGGCUCAUUAUGACAACCUGACCAGAUUCCAAGUGGCUAUUUGGAUCAUUCAGUUGGUGGCCACUGCCUGUCUGCUCUUUGCCUGUCUCUGCCUGCCGAGGCGCCCGGAUGUGUUUAUCAACGACAAGGUGGUUGAUCGGCAAUACACCGCGUCUGCACUCUCACGGUUCACCUUUGCCUGGCCGGGCCAUCUGGUAAAAUACAUCAUUAAGAACCCUAGCAUCGACAUCCAUGAACUGCCUCGGAUGGACCACUAUACACGUUCGGAGAACCUGUUGGCCAAGUUCUCCGAACGUUCUCCGGCCCAGGCACUCUGGCGGCAGAUAUUUGGCUUGCACUAUACCACCUUCGCCAAACACUGGAUUCUGACGGCCACUGAGGCACUGCUUAACUUUGUGCCAAAAGUUUCCAUGUACUUCAUUCUCCACUCUCUCGAGCGGAAGCAGGAGGGUGAGAACAUAGGAAUUGACAACUGGAUUUGGACCUUGAUACUGGCUGUUGGAUUGAUCCUGUCAUGUUGGACAGGUACCUGGAUGCGCUGGGUUGGUGACUCUCAGCUUGCUCUCCGCAUUGAAGCCCAGCUUUGUGCAGCAGUAUUUGCGAAAGCAAUGCUCAAAAAGGAUACCAGAGGCGCGGAAAAAUCAACGGCAGAUGAAGACGGGGAUGAAGAGGUUGAUGGAAAUGAAGAGGAAGUUGAUAAAGAAGACUCAGAGAAAAAGGGUACUCAACAGUGGAUCAUCAACCUCAUGGGCAUCGAUGCGUAG